AUGACCCGAUUCCGCUCCCUCCUCUCCUUAACCUAUUCCUCAUUUUCCCAUCUUUCCUCCUUCCGAAAGGCCCCAUCCACAUUUCCCCGCCAAAUAUGCCGCGCUCUAUUUUACCGCUCCCUCUGGUCCAUAUCUGGUGGUAGUCGACUCUCGCCAACAUUUGACCAGAUGCCAUGGAGCCGUGCUGGCCUUCUUGCCAAACCCACCAGCGCUGUGUCGAGGAACGCGGUAAAGGGUGUUGGCCAGGUCGGUGGCAUUGCGAAUGGCGUAGGGGCGCUUUUUGGAGGGCAGUUUCGGGGCAUGAAGACGAGAUCGUCCGUGAAACGGUUGUGUGAUGGGUGUAAGCCGGUGAGGAGAAAGAAUCGGGUUUAUAUCAUUUGUUCUAAGAAUCCUAAGCAUAAACAACGGCAGGGGAAAUAA